AUUUAAACAAAGAACCAAAUCACUGUCUCUCCUUGACAUCGAACAAUUCUUUAGACAUGAAACAAAGAUCUACGUGCUUCGAGAUUUAGAAGCUAUUGCCCUAGGUAACGAUCAGUUCAUACGCAUUUAAAAGAAGACGACAGUACUAAGGUCACUUAUAUAGUUCUUAAAUUAAUUGUUAAGGUCAUGGAUCAGAAGGUUGAAAGUGUUUCUGUUCUCUUACUGUAUUUUAAAGUAUAUCAACCAGUUCUUUGCAAGGACAGUUGGACAGUUAAGUUAUAAUAUUUUAAAACUCAGAACCCAAUUUGAAAUUUGAGAACUAACGCGUAAGAACAUCUAUUAUGAGUACUCCAUGGAACUGAUUUAUAAGUUUCUUUUCUAAGCAUAGUUUAUAACACAGAAUAUCUGACAGAAAAAAAGGAAUCAUUUUUGGCUUGUUAACCAAAACUAAGAAGAAGAAAAAAAAGAUUUUAAACUGGUCCAGAUAAAUACUACUUUCGGAGAAGGAGAAAUUUAAGCUGUGCAAAAUGGCGAAUCUCGUCGAAAGAAGAGCCUUCAAUAUUAUGGGAAUUUUCGACAGUUUGGGAGAACAUUUGAAUACUGGAGAUCCAGUGGUAAAAGAAUGGUUCCUAGUAAAAAGCAAUUUUUGGCCCAUUUUCUUAAGUUCAAUGUAUCUGUUAAUAGUGAAAGUAAUUGGACCUUCCAUAAUGAGAGAUAGGAAGCCCUUCGAACUGAGAAUACUUAUGAUGGUUUAUAAUUUGUUUCUUGUUGCCACAUAUACAGUAACUGUCUCUACGGUCCUGUACUGCAUCAGACAAGUUGAUAGUAGUGUUCUUUGUAAAGAUACUGUUGUGAUAUACGGUACCUGCACUUACACGAUGGCUGCUUGUGGAUGGAUUAUCUAUAUGUUAAAAUAUGUAGAAUUCUUAGAUACGAUAUUUUUCGUAUUGAGAAAAAAAGACAAUUUGAUAACAAAUCUUCAUGUGAUACAUCAUUGUGUACUUCCUCUUUGCGGUUGGGUGUUCUUUAGGACAGAAAGAAGUGGAUUUCAAGCAUAUCCCAUUAUCAUUAAUUCUGUAGUUCACAUUGCUAUGUAUGGUUAUUAUGGUCUUGCAGCUAUGGGUCCAGGAGUUCGUAAAUAUCUUUGGUGGAAGAGAUAUCUCACAAUCGCUCAAAUGAUUCAGUUCAUACUUAUUCUAUUCUUCGUAAUGGUUGUGAUGCCUGUUUCUGGAUGCACCGCUGCAAAAAGCAGCAUUUACAUAAACGUAGUUGCAGCCACCCUGUUUUUCGCCUUAUUUUACAAUUUUUACCAGCAUACAUUCAAACCAACAAAGUCCAAAACCAACGGAGUUCAUAAAAAGCGAGAAAUUGAAGACAAAAAAGAAGAAAAUGGUAACAUCCAUACCGAAAUGUCUUACAACGAAACUUAUACGAACGGAAACUCGAAAGUGAAGUGCAACUAAAAGAACCGAAAUUUGUUUUCGUCAACAACAACAAAAAUGGUGCUUAAUUUUUCAGUGGUACUGUUUUCUUGGAUUUUUAACUUUUGUUAUUGAAUGCACAUUAGAAACACCUUUAACUGUAAUAUUAGUAAACAUUGCGUGUUUGUACUUGUCUUUUCAUGUUAUCAAGUGUUUUUAUCAUCUUUAAAAUAACUGAAAACGUUUCCAAACGAGAUUCAUAGUUUUUAAUUGAGUUUCCUAAUUUGCAAAAUCAAUGAAAAAGUUUCAUUAAAUAACUUAUUUUUUGAGAAAUUAUGAAUAAGUUCGCAUACAAAUCAUCCAGAGGAAAAUAAAAGACUUUUCUAUUUGAAUUUCAUACAUUUUAAAAUCAUUAAAUACGGUUUUUAUAACAAAAAAGAAAUUAGAAAUUUUUAAUUUUUUCUUCUUAAUUUUAGUUAUAGUUGACAAUCAUCUAAAUACAAUAAAGUCGUUUCUUUUUUUGAUAAUAGAAUUUGAGAAUUAUAGAAUAUGCAUGUUGUUCACGUGCAGAUUUCAUGAGUUAUAAAAUCGUUGAAUAUGAUUUUGUUACCAAAUCUUUUUGUUUACUGUAUAAAAAGGUAUAUGAAAGAUUAAUAAAUAUUGCAAACGAUUUUCUUCCACACCGAAACAAAUGUAAAAAUUAUUUUUCUUGCAUUUGAUUUGUUAAGAGCAUGUCAGCAUAAGACACGCUAUUUUUGAUGGUCCAAUCAAAACCAAUGAUUUUAUGACGUUAUACAAUUGUUUCAUUUUCAAGAACGAAUGUUCUCCUUAUUUAUCGAACUAUGUCACCGAAUCUAGCAUUCUUGCAAGACUACGUAACUAUAACUUUUUUAAAUAAUUCUAUGAUAUAUAUCGUGAAAGAGAUAGCAAGAAUUAUAUUUCUGUCUGAUGUGUUUAACUUUUAAAAGCUUUUAUUUUGUCUUGAAAACAUAUUUGUAUAAUCUGAUGACGAAAUAAAACGGAACUAUAUGCAGUCGCGGAUGAUUACUUAAAUCGUAAACCGCAAUGGUCUUUUCUUAACUAGCAACAAAGUAAGAACGUUUUAUUUAAUGUUUAACAUCGUUUGAAUUAGUUUUUUACUAUUCAAUAUUAUUCUUCUGAAAUUUUUGUAGCAUGCGUAGCUUAGUCCCACACUCUUAAAUUCAACGUUUUUUUUUCUUUUCUAAAAAUAUAUGUAUAUAUAUAUUAUUUAUAUAUAUAUACGUUUCUUUUUAACUUAGUAAACAGCUUAGUUCAUUUUGUUGAAGUGUAGCGUUUAUGAUCGAUGUUUCUUAAAUCACUUGUUUUGCAGUAUAAUGAAAGAAAAUUCGUAGUUGAAAUGCUUAACUCCGAUUUCAAUCUACAAUUUUCACCAAAUGAUUGUUUUCUGUUAUGUUUUAUUUUAUUAUUAUCUACUAAAUUGUCAAUAAUGUGUAAUAAACUUAUCACAUUGAAAUAUA